UGGCCCGCCGAUGUUCCUAUAGACCUGCUGCAGAAUAUGGCAGCCUAUCCAUGAUUACUGGACCACAAACACCGCUAUACUACUAAGACCGCAUAUAUUGUUAAGACCGCUUAUACCGCAAUACCACAAUACCGCUUAUACCGCUUAUACCGCUUAAACCGCAAUACCGCAAUACCACUUAUACCGCAAUACCACAAUACCGCUUAUACCGCAGCACCGCAUAUACCACGAUACCGCUUAUACCGCAAUACCACUUAUACCGCAAUACCACAAUACCGCUUAUACCGCAGUACCGCUUAUACCGCAAUACCACUUAUACCGCAAUACCGCAAUACCGCUUAUACCACUAUAUCAGCAUACCGCUUAUACGUCUUUUUAUCUUGUGCUUGUAUUAUCAUAUAUGAUCAGUAA